AUGGCUGGCCCAGCAUGUCUGGGGCGGCAAGAUGCAUCUGGAUUUCCAGGAGGUCAACCGGAAGUAUGGUACGUCGGAAUCAGAAAAUCCCGUGUAGAGUACUUGCUUGUGCUUGUAUUUGCCCUCAAACAAUGCGGCCAUGCUAACGGAAACUCGUGCAAUUCAGGCUCCCUGGCCAGAGUCGGUCCCAAUGACCUCGUCACCAGCGAUCCAGAGGUGAUGCGCCGGAUGUUGGCGGUGCGUUCGCCAUAUCGUCGCUCGGAAUGGUACAUUGGCGUACGGUUUGAUCCCGUCCAGGACAAUAUCGCCUCGAUCCGGGAUGAAGACCGCCACAACGAGCUCCGGGCCAUUAUGGCCGCCGGGUAUGCCGGAAAGGAGAACGAGAACCUGGAAGGUACCAUAGACAAGAAUAUAGAAGGCCUGAUCAGGCUGAUCCGGAAUAAAUACAAGUCGACCGAUUUAGAAACCAAACCCUUGGACUUCGGGAGGAAAGUACAAUAUUUUACUCUCGAUGUCAUCUCGGACCUGGCAUAUAGAGAACCAUUUGGAUAUCUCGAGAUGGAUAGAGAUUUACACGGCUAUAUCGAGGAGGUCGAGAAGGUUUUUGCGUCUGCAUUAAUGGUUACUAUCUACCCAUGGCUCAACUGGGUCUUGCGGUUGAGCAUUUUAAAGGCUGCCCUGCCUUCUGAAAAGGAUCCUCUGGGUCUGGGGAAAAUCCUAGGCAUCACCAAAAACGUUGUUGGUAAGAGGUUCGGUCCCGAUAAAAAGGUACAGCGAGAUAUGCUGGGUUCUUUCAUCGCCCACGGACUCAACCAGAAAGAGGCCGAGUCAGAGACCAUAUUACAGAUUAUGGCCGGUUCCGAUACAACCGCAACUGCAAUCCGCUCCACCUUCCUGUACUUACUAAUGCACCCGCGCGUGGUAUCCAAGCUGCGCGCCGAGAUCUCCAGUACCCCCAUCUCAUCCCCCAUCUCAGACGCCGAAGCGCGGAAAAUGCCCUACCUCCAAGCCGUCAUCAAGGAAGGUCUGCGUAUCUUCCCUCCCGUCGUAGGACUCAUGUCCAAGGAAGUGCCCCCCGGCGGCGAUGUGAUCAACGGCCAAUUUGUACCCGGAGGAACGAAAAUAGGCUACGGAGCCUAUGGCAUUUUCCGAAACAAGGACAUGUUUGGCGAAGACGCGGAUGCAUUCCGGCCAGAGAGAUGGCUGGAAGACACGCCAGACAAAAUCAAGGCGAUGGAGUCCGUGCUGGAGCUGAUCUUUAGCUAUGGGAAGUACCAGUGUCUGGGAAAGAAUAUCGCGAUGAUGGAAUUGAAUAAAGUCUUCGUCGAGUUGCUGCGAAAUUUCGAUUUCAAUAUCGUUAACCCGUUACGGCCGAUACGAUCAAUCUGCCAUGGGAUUUUCUUCCAAUCGGAGAUGUGGCUGACUGCCUUUGAGAGGGAGAAGUCGUAG